GGGGGGUCGCAGUAGGACGCCGUAAUUUCCGGCUGGGUGACGUUCACUUCCGGGGCAUUGCCAGGCGGGGGUCGUUGAGGCCGGCUGAGAGGCAGGGUGGGGAGAAGGGGGGCAGCUGAAAGCCCCCUUGGCCCCCAACCCCCCUGAGAGAGUUCCUGGUUGACAUCUUGAUAAGGAAAGGAGGCGUUCUGGAGCCCAUGGAGUCUUCAUCCAUCGAGGCGAAGCUGAGGAUGGAGGGUGUGGAGCUGAAAGAGGAGUGGCAAGACGAAGACUUCCCACGACCUCUUCCAGAAGACGACCACGAUGAGGAUCUACCGGAUGGAACGAGAAGAGGGAAUCGUUCUGAAGCCGGGGACAGCAAAGCAAAGAAGAAGCUGCAGGCCCCGAACAUCAGCCUGACUCUGGAUCAGAGCGAGGAAUCCGUCUUGUCAGACGAGCUGGACGAGAGCGGGGAGGUUGACCUGGAUGACCUGGACACGCCCUCUGAAAACAGUAACGAGUAUGAAUGGGAAGACGAUCUUCCGAAACCCAAAUCGACCGAAGUCAUCAGGGAAGGAGAACUUCCGGAAUACUCGGCCUCCGAGGAGAAAGAGGAGGAGCGGCGCUGGCGCAUGUUCCGGAUCGGAGAGCAGUCCCACCGAGUGGACAUGAAGGCCAUCGAGCCUUACAAGAAAGUGAUCCGGCACGGAGGAUAUUACGGCGAUGGAUUAAAUGCGAUUGUUGUGUUCGCCGUUUGUUUUAUGCCGGAAAGCAGUCAGCCAAACUACAAAUACUUAAUGGAUAACCUAUUUAAGUUUGUGAUCGGAACGCUGGAGUUGCUGGUGGCCGAGAACUACAUGAUCGUUUACCUCAACGGCGCCACGACGCGGAGGAGGAUGCCCAGCCUGGGUUGGCUCAGGAAGUGCUACCAGCAGAUCGACAGGAGGCUGAAGAAAAAUCUGAAAUCCUUAAUCAUAGUUCAUCCCUCCUGGUUUAUUAGGACGCUGCUGGCAAUCACGAAGCCUUUUAUUAGCUCAAAAUUUAGCCAGAAAAUCCGCUACGUCUUCACUCUGGCUGAGCUAGCGGAGCUGGUCCCCAUAGAAUCCGUGGGCAUACCGGACUGCGUAAAACAGUACGACGAAGAAAAACUUAAAAAGAAAGCCAAAAGAAUCGACCAAGAGCUUAACGGAAAACAGGAACCGAAGACAGAGCAGUGAAGGUUUCCACCACCGCCUCUGGUUGGAGUCGAACCAAGACCGAGAAACGUGCCAAUGGAAUGACGUCUUGCCUUGAAGAAACGCGUCGAGGCGGGAAGUUCGCCUCCGGACUCCCGCCCAUCGGUUGUUGUGUCUCAGCACUGGCUCGCCCCAUCCAGACAUAUAGCUGCCUUCCUUGUAACUGCCUUAUACUGCAAGCGUCGUGGAGCACCAUAGGGGGGCGCCUACGGUUUAUCUAAAAGGAUGCUUAUUCAGUAAAUAUUUAUAAUGCAUAAAUGUUAAAGGGAAGGAAAAGAGAAUAAUAUAUAUAUAUAUAUUUUUACAACUUCUUAAAAACAAUAUAUAACGUCUGCUUGCAGGGGAUUUUUGCGAGGAGACAAAAGCCCAGCAGCUCCAGUUUAAAAGGAUCUCUUUGGUAAUAAAAGCGCAUGGCAAUGUCUUGGAAAUGGUGGCCCCCUUUCGGUAGACGGGGAACCCCACCCGCACCCUCUGCUAGUUGGGGAUAAUCGGCUGGGCCUCCUGUGUUGGAGGUAAACCCCAAGCCAUCAGCCUAAGUCUGUUGUCUAAGGGGCUUUUUAGUUUUGGCUCUGAAUUAGGCACGUUUGCAAACAGAUUCAAAGGAGGCCAGCUUGGGUUGUUUUUUUACUCGUUUGAACCGUGAACGGCUGAUGCGCAAGCCAGCCUUCAUCAUCCAAAGGUCCGUAUCGGCACCUCACAGAGACACAUUCUGCACAGAAGUUGCCAGCCUGAAGGGCAGAACUGCGCAUUAAUCCAACCUGGGGCUGCUGCCCAAACCGGCAUCCCCGUGUUGGGAGUUUCCUCUCUCCGUAACACUUAGCACCCCUCCCUCCACGUUCUGCCGCCAUGUGUUUUCCUUGUCCUCCAGUGACCCGGGAUAGAGAAACACACCCUUUUGGAGACACAGGGCUGGCUGAGUAUGCCAAAACAGUAGGGGCAGAAUUGGACGCAGGGAUGCCAUUUUCCAGCAGCAGCUCUGUUUCUCUCCCCUUCUGUGCCCAGAUGCACUGCUUUUCCCCCCCUGCCGUUUUGUAGAGAGUUUGUGCCUUGUGCUUUUUUUGAUCAGCACCUUCCACCAGCACUAAAUUCACUUUAUAAGUUUUUAAAGGAGUCUUUUUAUAAAAAAAACUGCACAUCCACAAGCUUUUCACGUGUGCGGGAAUUUACUUGGUCCUAGCGUGGCUUGAAUCCUUUGGUCUUGGGUGAAUGUUAGGUCACAUGUUUGUCCCACGCAUUAAUCCCAACACCAUCAGGGCUCUGAAGUGGAUGAUUUGGGUAGUCAUCGACUGAGAAAUACGUUGACUUUCUGGCAAGAGGAAAAAGCCUUCAAAGAAAUAUUUCGUUUGCAUUUUAAAAAGAAAACGCGUCUCGUCACUCAUGAGCUACUUGUCGACACGUUGCCCAUCUCCCAAACAGUGUUUACGUGGGAAAUGCUUAGCUGUGUUGGUUUAUAAGCGUAGUCAAUAAACAGUGUUUUUACAGAAAUAAAA